ACUAUACAUAGACAUAUGAAUACGUGCCAAACGUAGAAAAGAGGCAUGAUAAAGGAAUUCAACACCCAAACAGAGAUCAGUGUUGGAUUGGAAGCCCUCUGGGCAGCUCUGUCCAAGGAUUUCAUAAACAUAGUUCCAAAGGUACUCCCAAAUAUUGUGAAAGAUGUGCAACUCAUUGAAGGUGAUGGAAGGGUUGGUACAAUCCUCAUCUUCAAUUUUUUGUCUGAUAUAUCCCCAAGUUACCAGAGGGAGAGGAUCACAGAGUUUGAUGAGAUUUCACAUGAAAUUGGGCUGCAAGUGAUUGAGGGAGGUUAUCUGAGUCAAGGAUUGUCAUACUACAAAACAACUUUUCAAUUAUCUUCAAUUGAAGAGCAAAAGACUUUGGUCAAGGUGAAAAUCUCUUAUGACCAUGAAUCCGACAUAGAAGAAAGGGUCCAACCUACCAAGACAUCAGAUUCCACUAUACUCUAUCUUAGACGCCUAGAAAAAUAUCUGCAGUUAAAUGGUGCUUGAAGAAAAAUAAUAUUUAUUGUAAUAUUGUCUUAUAUUAUUUUUAUUUUUAAAUAUUUUAUAGAAAAUAGUUUUUUUGAUGCUUUUACUAUUUUUCUAUAAAUAUUCAAAAAUAAAAAUAAAAUAAUAUGAUGUUAUUAUAAAUAAGUGCCGAAAAUAAAAUCUAUUUUCUGAAACCAAACAUGUCUUAUGGUGUGUUUAGUUUCACGUUUCCCGGGCUUGACUCACGCAAACGACGUGAAAAUAAGACGCUAUAACUUUUUACUUCUGCGUCAAAUCGGUUAAAACGUGAAUCGAAAACGUGAAUCCAGACAUGCACUUAGUAGGCUAGUAUUGUAAUAUUAGUAAUCUGGGGCUUGUUGCUGUACUUGUAUCUUUGGUUUUGGAGAAUAUUGUUUUACUUUUUCCAGACAGGAAAUCUAUAUAACAAUAAUGUUGAUUUGUUUCUGAACCA